AUGAUGAUGAUGAUGAUGACGAUUUUUCACCAGUGUCCCUUCGCUCUCCUCAACACACACUCCACGUCUCACGCUUCAUUCGAGAGAACGAGGGAAGCGCCGAGAGGCGAAACGAAACGAACAGGAAAAGCCGAAAGAAGGAUAAAAAAGCCAAAAGAGGAGGGAAAACCCAGGAAAAAGGAUAAAAAAAAUCCAAAAGAGAGAGGAAACCCCAAGAAAAGGAUAAAAAACCCAAAAGAGAAGAGGAAACCCCAAAGAAGGGGAAAAACCUCAAAAAGAGGUGGAAAACACAAAAAAGAGGAGGAAAACCCCAAAAAUAAGUGGAAAACUACAAAAAGAAGAGGAAAACUCCAAAGAGAGAGGGUGCUAAAGAAGGAAAAAAGGGGUUGGAAAAAAGAAAAAGAAGAAGAAGAAGUUGCACCACCACCACCGGCGGCAGCAACCUCCUCGCCGCGGAGGAAUCCUAGCUGGCGUGGCUCGUGUCCACCGCCUCCACCUUCCUUCCCUCCUCAGUUCAUUCAGAGUCCUCCCUGGAUGGGACGACUCCGCACACGUCUCCUCACCACGGUGCCACUGCUGCCCGAGAUUAUUUGCCCGACAGUCCAUCCGUAA